UCAUUUUAGGGGAAUUUAUGUGAAUCUCAUUCAGGUUGAAGCAGAUCAACCCUUUCCGGUUCAGACAUCAAUCAUGAAAGCGGAUGAAAGGAACGUAGAACGAGAACCUCCAGAAACACCCUCUCCUGCCAGCGGUUCAACCCAUGGUCAGCACGCGAAGCCACCCAAAGCAAGGAAGCGAAGGAUGAAGAAAUCAUCUCGAUCCACUCCGGUCUUAUCUGACCCUGAAAAUGCUGCCUUAACAUCCGACAUGAAGACCGUCAGCGAGGACAAUGCUCCCGCAAAGUCCGACGAGUACCAGACAACAUUUCCUGCACAGACUGAACCAGAGCCUGCCGCCGCCCCAGUAACGACAGAAGAUGCCCAUCCAGCAGCGGAUAGGAAGCCACCACCCAAGGACGCGUCGGACAAUAAGCGACACCUCCGUACUCCCUCUGUUCAACACUCUGCAACAACAGGAUCAACGUCACCUUCGCCUCGCACGUUUAGUAGGAAGCCAAGAAGUAGCCUGGAAAUCAUGAGGAUACGACGUGAACUCGAUAGAGCGAGGAAAUUAGGGAGAUUGAGGCGGCCUCCCACUCCUUCUACAUCGAGCAACGAAGCCUUGCAAGAAACUGAUUCUAAAGGAACCUUGCCUAAACCAUCCAACCCGGAAAGUGGCGAACGUAGGAGGUCCACCGUGCGUUUUGGCUCCACAGUGAUCCAAGAAAUCGACAGCCAGUCAGACCCCUCUCACCUCCCCAACCGCUUGAACAUUGCCGUCGGUGCCUUCAUGGUCAUCAGCAUGUGUAUCAUCCUGUACAUGCUCUACUAUCUCAACAUACCGCCAAAGGAAAAGUUACGAGCCCACUGCGUAUCUAAGACCUGUUUGGACGCCACCAUCUACCUUGGUAACAUCACCGACGAGAGGUUCGACCCCUGUGUGGACUUCUAUAGCUACACCUGCGCGUCCUGGACCAAUAAGGUCGACACCGACGUCUCCUUCAUUCGAGAUUCGCAGCUGUCGCUCUGGCGGGAUAUUAAUCGCACGCUGCACGGUGUCUCAAUCCAACCGGACAGGUACGGUUCGCACAUAUUGCAAGCGUUUUAUGUGUCUUGCUACAGCUUCUUGGAGAGUGGUAGUUUGACGGAGCAACCCCACGUCACCUUCGAGAAGCAUUUUGGCGGCUUGCAAGAUUUCAUCGAGAAAUCUUACUCCGAUUUAUUGGGUCAUUUGACGCGGAUAUCGCUCACGGACGGGGUCGAUUCUGUAUUCGGAGUACGGGUCAUCCAAGAAGAAGGAACUCCAAAACUGUACGUAAUUCGCAGCCCUUCGAUCCGGGAGAAACUAAGCGGUGAUGGAAAGGAAAAUGCGAACGAGUACCUGCUCGAGCUCAUACGGAACUUUUCAAAAACCGUCAAGCAAGGGCUCUCUGUCAAGCCGUACCAUCAAGAAGUUCUGGCGUUGGACAGAGAAAUAGAGGACGUCUUCAGCGUUAACGAAACGAUUGAGGACGUCAACAUUCAAGACAUACAAAACCUGACCAACCACGUCUCGUCUCAAAUGUGGCUACAAGUAAUCAAUGAUACCUUAAGAAUGCCAGAAGUAUUGGAAGGCAAAAUAAAGUUCGAAAGUUUCAACUGCACUCGGCGCGCCUUAGUCCUAUUGGAAGAGAAGGCAGACGACAAACUUCGCGCCUUGUACCUUUACCUUCAGCUAGCGGCAGAAAUUUUGCACCUCGACUUCCGUCGACGUUUUGCCAUCAACGACAUCGAUAACGUCCAUCUGUGUUUGGCGGAGAGUCAAAAGGUGCUGACUCAUACCUGGUCCCACCUGUAUGCUUCGUUCGCCAAAGUAACAUCUGCAGAUUCGGCGUUACAGACCCUCUACACACGAAUAUCGGACGCAGUCCUCAAUAUGGACUACAUCAACUGGAUGGACGAAAGGACACAGCUUAAAACCAUGAGGAUCAUCAAGAAACUCACUUUAACAAUGUUUCCGGCCGCAUCUAAUAUGGUUUUCCCGUCGGACACCACCUACGCUAAUAUCAACGUGUUGAGCAUAGGCUUCCUAAAUGACUUCAUCGCCCUUUUGGCCAUGGAACAAAGACAGCUCCACAGGUUCCCCCCAGGAAUACACCGGACACGUCUGAAUCGUCUACAACUUGAUGGCGCCAUAGAAUACUUCAAUCCGCUGAACUCCGUUGUGAUCCCAGCGGUCUACAGUCUUCCGCACAUAUUUUAUUCGGCAGGGGUGCCACCAUACUUCGACGUAGCGACGGUGGGAGUCCUGAUAGCUAAAGUACUUUCCCAGGCGAUUGGUCCGGUAGAAGGCGGAACGUUCUGGAGCAAUGCUACUAAAGAAUCUUUCAAGAAGCAUUUUCGAUGUCUUCGAAGCCUGCACCAAGGAAUGUCUUCAACGUACGCUGUGGACGAAGGGAAACUGAUCAACGCCAUUUUUAUGUGGACCAGGAGCCUGAGGAUAGCGUAUGAUCUCACAAGGGCGCAGGAUAUACCGCCGAAGUACUUGUUCCAGGAAGCAGACAAGACAUUCUUCAAGCGUUUCUGCCUCCUGAGCUGCAGCUCGCGUCAGGAACCGCUCCCGCUGACACCACGUGAACAAUGCAUGCUGCCCGUACUGAAUAUGCGAGAGUUCUCCGAAGCGUUUGAGUGUCCGGAAAAGCUUGGAUUUGAGUCUCUCCGGUGUAGGAUAUUAUAGUCCCGUUGCAGUUUUUUGAAGAACGGGGCCCAGAACCUCGACAUGAAAAACUGUUUUGUUUUGGGAGAGCUGAUCAAGAAAUUUAUCUUCGCUGAAAUGCGACAGGUCUCAGUACUGAUCGCAAUAAUAAACUAGGCCUUCACUUUCACUUCAACAUUCGCUUUUUCCUUUAUGGUCCUGAGGCUUUAUUCCAACCGCAGGCACGUGUGACGUGGAUAUGAGGCUUUUCACAGCUGCCAGGCGUCCCCUGCCUCGUUUACAGACAUGAGUGGAAUGGCCCAGGUGGCCCGUAGUGCGCGCUGUGCAUUGUCCUGGCUAUGUUAUGCAUGUCUCCCGCUUUCUAAGGAGAUGCACUGCAACUUUAUUUCAGCGCAGCGCGUGCGAGCGAGCUUGAGAGAAAGACAAAGACAGAAAAUACCUUUUUAACCUAAUGUUCUCACCGACAAAGCUGCUUAGCUUGAGUCUCUACAUAAGAGGCACAUGGUCGAGACAAGUACUGAAAGAAGAGGUACUGGCUUGGAGGACAUCGGAUAAGGUGGUAGUAAUGAGGUACUUCUGACCAAAAUUAAUGAAGUUGAGAAGCCCCGUUACCAUUCAAGAUAUCGACGCAUCGAAGUGUUUUCUGUAGUUUUUCUGUAGUACGCUACGCUGUUCUC